GCCACUUCACUUUUUUUUCCUGGGUACUAGGCAAGGCUCAGAAUUUUGUGGUGGUGUUUUUUUUUCUUUUUUUUUUUUUCCAUACCUCGUUCUCGUUCUUGUUCUGCCCCAGAUUUGGACGUGAUCCACUUCUUUUUUUUUUUCUCGCAAAGACCCUUGACCCCGUCGUCUCCGGUUCGGCAGACUCCAUCCCACAUCCCUCCUCUUUCCGUUGUUGUCCUGUCCCAGUUGUCCAGCCCCCCCCCCGCCUCCCCUCCCCUUCUUUGGCAGGAACAGUCAUCAGACACCUUUCGUUGUUGACAGACAACUUUUUGUUGCGCAUUGCGAGGCUUGAGUCAGAAACCCUUUACCUACCCGCGAGUCCCAAGCCACCACAGCUCUUCCUCGCGUGACACAAACCUUCGUCUGUCAUUUUUUUUGUUUUUUAAACGACAACCUCGGUUUCUGUUUUCCUCCCUCGCUCGCAAUCUCUUUGCGGUACGCAACCCACGUCUUUUGCCAGCGCGCAAAUUGACUCAACUUCGGCCACUUCGCGACCCCACACUUUAUAGGCUGAUUGCGACAACGGCGUUAACGGCUUGAGUGCUGUUGGGGCUGACUGAACCAGUUCAGUGUCGUUCGUUUCGCAAAUAUCAAGCAUCUAGACUAGACACACAACAAACAUGUCCAAGGUCACCGUCGUGAAGGAGGCCGUCAAGGAGACGCUGGUUGGGUCAACAGAACCACAAGAGCUCUCGGCCCAGACCAAGGCGCGCUUCAUUAAGCAUGCCAUCAAGGAAGAUGGCGCCGAGCCCUACCUCGGCCCCGACGAGUUCAUCAACGCCGUUGCCCCUCCGUCGGAGGAUUACCACAAGAUCAAGCGGGAACAGUACUCGAUCCUGUUCCAUGUUGCCGACCGAUCGAACAAGGGCAAGGUGACGCUCGCCGACUGGGGUUACUUUGAGAACCUUCUCACCAAGCCCGAUGCCGAAUAUGAGAUCGCCUUCCGCCUCUUCGACAUCGAGCGCCUCGGGAAGGUCAAGUACGAGGACUUCCGCAGGCUGUACGAGCUGAACAAGGGGCCAGAUAGCAUCCCAUUCGACUGGGAGUGUGACUGGGCGAAGCUUUACAUCGGUAGCAAGGCGAAACACAGCAUGGACUACCAGCAGUUCUCGCAAAUGCUGCGCGGUCUGCAGGGUGAGCGUGUCCGCCAGGCUUUCCAGCAUCUGGACAAGGACGGCGAUGGCUACAUUGAGCCCGAGGAGUUUGAGCGCAUCAUCAAGGAAACCGCGAGGCAUAAGCUCUCGGACUACCUCCUCGAGAACCUGAGCACUCUGUGCAACAUUUCUCAGGGUUCCAAGAUUUCCUACGCCAACGUACGAGCUUUCCAGAACAUGAUCCACGAGAUGGACCUCGUCGAACUCAUCAUCCGCCGUGCUUGCGCCAAGAGCACCGACGGCAAGAUCACCAGGACCGAGUUCCUCAACCAGGCCGCCAAGAUCACCCGCUUCUCGCUCUUCACCCCGAUGGAGGCCGAUAUCCUCUUCCACUUCGCCAGCCUUGAUGAGCCAUCUGGCCGUCUUGGCCUGAAGGACUUCAAGAAGGUGCUCGACCCAUCAUGGAGGAGUAGACAAGGAGAUGAGGAUGCCGUCCGUGCCGUCACCGAGACCACCAGGUCGGCCGGCCAAAAGUUCCUCGCCCAGGGUCUCGAGUCCGCCUACGGCUUCGCUCUCGGCAGUAUCGCCGGUGCUUUUGGUGCCUUCAUGGUGUACCCCAUCGAUCUCGUCAAGACUCGCAUGCAGAACCAGAGAGGUGCCAACCCCGGCCAGAGGCUGUACAACAACUCGAUCGACUGCUUCAAAAAGGUCAUCCGCAACGAGGGUUUCCGCGGGCUGUACUCUGGUGUCCUCCCACAGCUUGUUGGUGUUGCCCCAGAAAAGGCCAUCAAGCUGACCGUCAACGAUCUCGUUCGUGGGUGGUUCACCACUAAGGAUAAACAGAUCUGGUGGGGCCACGAGGUCAUCGCCGGUGGUGCUGCCGGUGGUUGCCAGGUCGUUUUCACCAACCCUCUCGAGAUUGUCAAGAUUCGUCUUCAGGUUCAGGGUGAGGUCGCCAAGUCGCUCGAGGGUGCUCCUAGACGGUCGGCCAUGUGGAUCAUCCGCAACCUUGGUCUCGUCGGUCUGUACAAGGGCGCUUCCGCCUGCCUGCUCCGCGAUGUGCCAUUCUCGGCCAUCUACUUCCCAACCUACUCCCACCUGAAGAAGGACCUCUUCGGCGAGUCCCAGACCAAGAAGCUCGGUAUUCUUCAGCUCCUCACUGCCGGUGCCAUCGCCGGUAUGCCCGCCGCCUAUCUCACCACCCCAUGCGACGUCAUCAAGACCCGUCUCCAGGUCGAGGCCCGCAAGGGUGACACCCAGUACACCGGCCUCCGCCACGCCGCCAAGACCAUCUGGAAGGAGGAGGGCUUCCGUGCCUUCUUCAAGGGCGGUCCUGCCAGAAUCAUGCGUUCGUCGCCACAGUUUGGUUUUACUCUUGCCGCGUACGAGUUGCUCCAGACGGCCUUCCCCUUCCCUGGCAAGGGCAAGGCCGAGGUGGCGACUGGUGUUGCGGACGUUGUGCAGACGCUCAAGGAAAAGCACCCUGACAGCCCAUUCUACCGGUCGAGAAACGCGCUCAAGAUUCUGUUGGAUCUGGAUGAGAACUUUGGACGUGCGCCGUUGGGAGUGAAUGCGAAGGGGUGGCAGACGCUGCCUGGGUGGAUGCAGAACCCGGUGAAGAGCUCGUAA